GAGAGAGAGAGAGAGAGAGAGAGAGAGAGAGAGAGAGAGAGAGGAGAGAGAUGGGUUACGGAUGGGCGAUCUUCGAGGGGAUACUGGUGAUGGGAUCUCUGUGUCUGUUAGGAUCGGCCGGUCUCUGGUUUCUCAAUCGGAGGCUUUACAAGGAGUACGAAGAGAAGCGAGCCUUGGUUCAAAUCAUUUUCAGCAUCGUCUUCGCCUUCUCUUGCAACCUCUUACAGCUCGUUCUCUUCGAAAUCAUCCCUGUUUUAUCUAGAGAGGCAAGGAUGGUAAACUGGAAGGUGGAUCUCUUUUGUUUGAUAGUGCUCCUUGUUUUCAUGUUACCUUAUUAUCAUUGCUAUUUGAUGCUUCGCAAUUCUGGUGUUAGAAGGGAACGUGCUGCUGUUGGGGCCUUUUUAUUCUUGACCGCCUUCCUUUAUGCUUUCUGGCGCAUGGGCAUUCAUUUUCCUAUGCCUUCAGACAAAGGUUUUUUUUCAAUGCCUCAACUGGUCAGCAGAAUCGGGGUCAUUGGUGUGACCCUCAUGGCCGUCUUAUCUGGUUUUGGAGCUGUAAAUUUGCCUUACAGUUAUAUAUCUCUCUUCAUUAGGGAGAUUGAAGGAUCAGAAAUAAAAUCGCUGGAAAGGCAACUGAUGCAAUCAAUUGAGACUUGCAUAGCUAAGAAGAAGAAAAUUAUUUUAUGUCAAGUGGAGGUGGAACGAAGUCAAGUAUCGGAAGAGCAUCAAAAGGGUAGGUCUUUCCUUAGAAGAUUUGUCGGAACUGUGGUGCGGUCGGUUCAAGAUGACCAAAAGGAGCAAGAUAUCAAACUAAUGGAGGCGGAGGUUGAAGGUCUAGAAGAGCUGUCAAAGCAGCUAUUCUUGGAAAUUUAUGAACUCCGCCAAGCAAAGGAUGCUGCUGCUUUUUCUCGUACUUGGAAGGGUCAUGUGCAGAACUUACUUGGCUAUGCGUGUUCUAUCUACUGUGUAUAUAAGAUGUUAAAGUCUCUACAGAGUGUCGUUUUCAAGGAGGCGGGCACAAAAGAUCCUGUCACGAUGAUGAUCAGUAUAUUCUUGCAGUUUUUUGAUAUAGGAGUAGAUGCUGCAUUGCUCUCACAGUAUAUUUCCCUGUUGUUUAUUGGGAUGUUGAUCGUGAUAUCAGUGAGGGGAUUCUUGACGAAUCUGAUGAAGUUCUUCUUUGCAGUGUCGAGGGUAGGGAGUGGAUCUUCAAGCAAUGUUGUGCUUUUUCUAUCCGAAAUCAUGGGAAUGUAUUUUUUGUCGUCCAUUCUUCUUAUAAGAAAAAGCUUGAGAAAUGAGUACAGAGGGAUAAUAACAGAUGUAUUAGGCGGAGAUAUUCAGUUUGAUUUCUAUCAUCGAUGGUUUGAUGCAAUAUUCGUGGCCAGCGCUUUUCUUUCUCUGCUUUUGCUUUCUGCACACUACACAUCUCGUCAAAUUGAUAAGCACCCAGUUGACUAAGCAAAGAAAGCAAGCAUCUUUGUAAAGAGAAUGAGAUUUAUAUGGAGAGUACCGGCAAUCCUAAUGGUACUUAGGAGGUCAAAAAAAAGAAGGAAAAAGAGCAGUGUGGCCACAAUGAUUGCAUGUGGGCAUUGGCUGGAAAGCACGUUUUCUUGUUGGUUCAGUUUGAGAUACUGAGAGUUAUUGUGGUAAGAGAGAAAGUUGGUAUGUGUGUAUGUAAGGUUCAAAUGUCGACUCAACGGCGCUUUUGAUCAAAUCACAUUAAUAUCCCCCAUUCAGGGAUAGAAUUCUCAGUACUGAUAUAUAUUCUGUUUAUAAAAUAAAUAAAAUCCAUAUA